UGAAGAGAGGCGGUUCUUCUCUUCAGGCAUCAACAUCAGAUCCGAGACUCGGAGCUCGCACAUCUUCCGUCUUCACGCGACUUUGUCCAGUUCACAGAGCUGCAAGAAAAACUUUAUUCAAACCCCAAAACUAGGACUUUUAUUUUUUUUAUUCUUGCGAACAUUUUCUGGACUCACAAAUAUGCUGCUGUGUUCACGCUGCGGAGGGAGAAGAGGCCAGCCUUAGAAUAAACUUCACCCAACAAGUUCAACUCCGCUCCCGGAGAGGAGGAGAGAAACUGCAGAGGAAGCUACUAAACACCCCUGGUUGGAAAUCAUGUGAAACACUUGCUGUGGACGGUACGAUCGCUGCACUCCUUUCCUAAACUUUUCUGACACUUUGGUCGGUCCUGAUGGAAGCAAGAGGAACAUAUGAUUUCUCUGCAACAGCAGACGACGAGCUCAGCUUCAGAAAGGGCGAUAUACUUAAGAUUUUAAGCCCACAAGAUGACUGGUAUAAGGCUGAGAUGAACGGACAAGAGGGAUUCGUACCACAAAACUACCUUGAAUUGCACACUCCGAGAUGGUUUCAGGAGAAUGCCAGUCGUAGCUCCGCAGAGGAGUUUCUGCGGCACAAAGAUGUCGGAGCCUUUGUGAUCCGAGGGUCCCAGAGCUCCCCAGGAGACUUCUCCAUCUCUGUCAAACAUGAGAGUGAUGUCCAGCACUUCAAAGUGUUGAGGGACAACAAAGGUCAGUACUUCCUGUGGCAAGAGAAGUUCACCUCCCUAAACAAGCUGGUGGAGUUCUACAAGAGUGCCUCCAUCUCCAAGACCAGGGAGAUCUACCUCAACGAUGGCAGCUCGGCCAGUCGAAGUCCUGCCAUGCCCCAGUCGGUAAAGAGGGGAAGUUUGCCUGAACAUCAUCAAUCGUCUGCAGCAAUCGCUGCUACACCACGCAGAGCUUCAGACCAGCCUCACAACCAGCUGGCUAAGAGAUCGGGUCUGGAGGAGCGAGCCCACACCAUCGGUCACACAGGAAGGAACAGCCCCAUCAGCUCUGCUUAUCCUUCCCGUCGCACUUCGGAAACCAUGCCUUUGCCUCAGAGGUCGUCCACGGUGCAGGUGAAGGCCCUGUACGACUUCACCGCCGAGGAGGACGACGAGCUCGGCUUCUGUGUCGGAGACAUCAUCGAGGUGCUGGAUCGCUCAGACGCCUCGUGGUGGAGAGGGAGGCUGCGGGGGAGAAGCGGGCUGUUUCCUGCCAACUACACAAUACAGCUGUGAGAACACACCCCGGGCGACGCACAUUCACAGACUCGCUCUGCAGGUUGCAGCAGCUCCUGAAUAUGUUGUUUUUGAACAUAAACAUUGAGCAGCCCGUGACUCAUCUGACUCCCCCCUUUCCCCCUCUGAACCACAUGUCGGCACUUCAUCAGCACUGCCGGGGCACCAGAGGACUGUGAGUCAGUUAGUGUUUUCAGAUUAUAUUCAUACAUAUACUGCCACUCCGUGCGGUGCUUUUUCAGGUUUUAUCGGACUCGUUUUCAUCCUAAAACCUUGCACAUGUUAAACUGGCGCACAGGAACUGCUGCAGAUGGCACUGAGGAAUGUUUUUAAUCAUCUGUAUUGUGACGUGCAGGUAUUUAUUUGCAAAAUACUCGCUGGCCACUCUGUUUCUGCUCAUGCUGUAAGUGUAGUCACAUUUUAUACCACAAGAGAAAGUUUUGUAUUUUAAAAAAAAACAGAAGUCUAACUGCUUCACACAGGCAUGUAAUUUCCUCAGCGCUCACUGACUUGGAAAUAAAAUGAUUUUUGUCACUGA